AACGGUAGUGGGAUUCAAGUAUACAAACAUUUACAUACACAGAGAUGCGCUGUUGAAUCAAUCGUUCAAAUUUAAUUAAAUUCUAUUUUUUUUUUGUUCAAAAUAAAAGCGAAAGAAUCGCUAGCAAAUAAUGAGGUGGUAAAUAAAUGCGGUUAGUGGAGGUACUUCAGCGCAAAUGGAGUGAACUAGUAUAAGCGGAUUCAAACAAUUUGAUAAAUUUGAAUUUAAACCAGGGUACAGGCUGCGUUAUAUCAAACUUUGCACAUUCUGUUGAGCGGAGAAGUAAAAUUCAUUGGCAAUAUGAACAGUGGUGUAUUUGAGAUGAAUUUUGCGUUCAACAAUUUAAACUAGAAAGUACUGCACCGUUUAAUUUUAAUAUGAGAUGAGCUUAAGGCUGUGCGUAGCGUACUAGGUUCGUUAUCAGUGCUCUCUUACACACGAGACUCGCUCAUCUCAAUUGAAAUGCUGAGAUUUGCUAGCAGCAGUACUAUUGUAGGUAUUAUUAUCACAGAUUGUGUUCACCACGAGUAUCGUCUAGAAGUGUUCACAGUGUAAUCUAGAGAUUUUAGAACAUAUAUUUUGAAUUAUUUAUUAUUAUUAAAUUUUUUCUAUCUUCAACACAAUGACUUCCAUAAAAUUGCAGUCAUUGUUUAAUAUAAUUUAUUAUUUCGUGCUAAUCAAUUGUCUAAUAAAUGUGAAGUUGAGUUUCUCAACGGCGAACAUAGAUGAAACUGUUACAAUCGUAUUCGAAGAUCAACAACAGCGUAAAAUCACCGUUGCGGGGGUGCAUAACAAAAGUUGGACCAAUGCGGAUUACUAUGCAUUUCGUGGUAUACCGUAUGUAAAGCCACCUGUUCAAGAGCUGAGAUUCAAGGAUCCCCAGCCACUUCAUGAAUUACCAAGCUACAUUGAUGCGCGUUACGAUGGUCACGAUUGUCCGUCCAUUUAUGCCACGAAUGCCUCAGAGGAUUGCCUUACACUCAAUAUUUAUACGCCAACCACCACUGAUACAGCCAAAUUGCCAGUACUUGUUUUUAUACAUCCCGGUGGCUUGUAUAUUGGCUCGUCGCUGAGCACGUUCAUCAGCCCCGCUUAUCUACUCGCCAAACCUAUUGUGUUGGUAUCGUUCAAUUAUCGUCUGGGUACGCUCGGUUUCUUGCAGCUCGGCACACGUGAAAUACCCGGCAAUGCCGGCUUCAAGGACCAAGUGUAUGCAAUGCGUUGGGUACAAAAAUAUAUUAAACAUUUUGGUGGUAACCCUGAAGACAUCACACUCAUGGGUUAUAGCGCCGGUGCGUUGAGUGUUAAUUUACAUUUGGUUUCGCCUAUGUCGCGUGGCCUAUUCCACAAAGCGAUUAUAAUGAGCGGUUCAUUGCCACCGCAGACAGUGUUGCCACAGCAUACACAAUUGGAAUUGUUGCGUAAACAAGCGCGAGUACUUAAUUGCACCGAAGUGUCGUCUGAGCUGGAGUUAUUAAAUUGUUUACAAAAAUUUAACGGUAAUGAAAUUGCCGCAACACUGCGCAGUCUGUUUGCUUUUGGCAAUGAUAAUCCGAUUUACAUAUAUUUACCGGUUGUAGAGCGCGAUUUUGGUCAAGACCGUUUUCUAACUGAAAAUCCAUUUGAUAGCCUAAACCGUGGUGAAUUUUCGAAAGUACCUAUACUUAUUGGUUUUACAAGUGGUGAAUUUUGUCAAUCGGCGGUGGAUAUUUUCAAAAAUUCAGAAUUGAAACGGCGGUUUAAUGAAGACUUACAAAAACUGGCGCCUGAGUUAUUUAUGUACGCUGAACAUAACGGCAAUUUGAGUGUGAUUAGCGAAUUUUUGAGCAAGUUUUAUUUGCCGAAUUUUGUGGAACUGGAUUCUACAAAUUUGGCACAUUUGUGUGACUUCUUUUCGGAUGCGAUUAUACGCUUUGGUGCACAACAUUUAACCGAGUUAGCUACUAAGCAUACCAAAGUCUUUCCCUAUAGCUUUGAAUUUAGAGGCGAGUUUAGCAAUCUGGAUUAUCCUCUACGACCGGCACGCGUGGAGCACAUGGACGAUUUAAUGUAUUUAUUUGAAAUAAACGCUAGUAAAUUUAACCGCAACGAAUCCAGCAAUGCAUCUAUGAUUCGACUGUAUACAAAAUUCAUAUAUGACUUUGUAAAAUCUGGUUCAUCACUUUUUAGCAAGCUACCAACUUAUCCUGCAGGAUAUACAAAAAUAUACCGUUCAUUGGAGUACCAACCGGGCUAUAUUUUCGCCAAAGACACCUACGAGAUGUGGAAACGCUUGUUUCAUUUAGAUGAUAACAAAAAUUGAAAUUGUGAAAGUUCAAAAAAGCUCAACUUGCAAUAAGCUUCCGUAUUAAUUUAUAUUUUUUAAUUUACGUAUAUUUUUUUAAUUAUUCUGCUCGUCAUACAUUUGAAGUCCGCAAUGCGCCCACAUAACUCAAUUACAACGCUGUGCCUCAGACAGCAAUCAAUGAUAUGAACGGCAGAAGAGUAGAUUAAACCAAUACAUAUAUAGGUGUAAGCUUACAUAUUUACCUAACGGCUAUUUAAAACUGCCCCGUAGUAUCUCUGUAUGCGAUGGUGUCUGCGCGCACUUCAUUUAAUUUUGAGUUGCUUAAUUGAAUUGAGCACUGAAGGUGAUUAAUUAAGCAAACCGAUUGGGGAUUUCAAGAGCUUUAAGCGUUGAAUUGUGAAAUUGAUGUAGAAUACUUGGGAAUAGAAAAUUGUUUUUUUCUUUUUUGGUGAGAACUUAAUAAAUGGAUUUGAAAUUG